CAUUGAAUACUAUCGAAGGCCCCGUCACGGUUGAAGCUGACUGGUGUCGCGUUCUUUCUCUGACUCUCGCUCACGAGUGCUGAUCGAAUAAGCCUUGGCUCUGGUGUCGAAACAGAAGCGUACCUAACGUAGAUAGGCGCCCGGAGCUGAAGCCAAGGCAGCACCAUGUCGGUCGAGGUCCGCUCCAAGACGCGCUCAAAGCCGAAUACAGUUCAUUAUGCGGCUGAAACGGGCGACCUCAACAUGCUGGAGCACUUCAUCCGUGAGGGCAUGGCCUCGGGGAACCCAGAGAGCGUGACCCUGCAAGCCCGCGAGGACGUGCUGGGCAUGAUGCCCCUGCACGUCGCGUGUGAGAACGGCGAAACGGAAGCGGUGGAGUUUCUUGUCAAGAAGCGCGUUGAUGUGGACGCUGGGGACUUCUUCAAGGUCACGGCGCUUCACUUAGCAGCAAUCGAGAACCACCCCGACAUCGUGGAGGUGUUGCUCAAGAGCCGGGCCGACCCCAAGCCCGCUGACGUUGAGGGUGACUUGCCCAUCCACUGGGCGGCCACCAAGGGCCACACCGCGGUCAUCGAGCUGCUGGCGCGCAAGGGCUCGCCCGCUGACACGCCCAACAAGAAGGGCUGGACGCCGCUGCACCGCGCUGCAUACAACGGCCGCAAGGAUGCCGCCGUGGCCCUGGUCAAAAUCGGCGCCAACGUAAACGGCGUCACGAGCGAUGGUAACACGCCUCUGCACCUGGCCUGCUUCAUGAACCAGCUCAGCACGAUUGAGAAGCUGUGCGAGCUAGGCGCCUCCCAGCGUCUGACCAACAAGAACAACCAGCGCCCCUUCGACCUGUGCAUCACGGACGCGGCGCGCGACAUCCUGAAGGGGCUCAUGGGCUUCGAGGGCGACGCGCCGCUGCCCGCCUCCGCCGUCAACACCAAGCCCCGCGACGCGCCCAAGGACACGCCGGCGGGUGCGGCCAAGCCGGUCAUCCCGAACCUCGCGGCGCUGCAGAUCAAGGACAAGAAGACGCCGCACCACGACGGCUUCCCCAGCCCAGUGGGGUCGCCGGGUCCCGGCAGCUUCACGGUGCAGCGGGCGGCGGGCGAGACGGUGGAGGACACCGCGUUCAUGGCCACGGCGCUGGGGGAGACGGGCACCAACCCCUACACACGCAGGGCAUGAGCUCCGGGAGAGAUGCGUGCAGCACGCCGGACCCAUCCUCAUCUGGGUCAGGCUUGCUUGCAGCGCACCCGACGCCACUGGCAGGGUCGCUGCGGCCGCUGCGCGCGCCCAGUCCGAGUGCCAGCCCGAGCCCCGCGGCAGGCAUCCCGGGGGCGCCGCUAGGGCUUCUGCGGCCACCCAGUGCGGGGCGGAUAGGCACUCCGGGCGGGGGUGCAAGUGGGGAGCUAUCGCCAUGGGCGGGGGCCAGCGGCGGCGCGCUGUCGCCGCACCUACUCGGGGAGGACGUGCAGGAGCGCAUAAAGCAGGAGAACCGGCAAUCGGCGUCCAACGACGUCCUACGGCCACGAUCGGCAAUGGGGCGGCCCCAGUCGGCAAAUAAAAAGUUCCUGUCCAGAUAUAACCUGGACAAGUACAACCUGUUCGCGCCCAGCUGAGCAGGAUAAGGCGUUAGCAGGUGCUUGGAUGGCUGGGCGUGGAGCGAGGGUGCCAUAGGUAGCUAGCUGGGACGUGGGCUACAUGCUAGGCUUCGAAGUACAAGUAAUGGUAUGGAGGUCGCGCGAGUGUGCUUCUGAUACAUGACAGUCAGUUCGGGUAGCAAUACGUUUGGGAGCGCGCGCACGCAUGGGUCUAGCCUGGGCAGGGCUGUGGUCUGUCAGAAAGGGUUGCAGUGCAGCUGAGUGAAGGCACCCGCGGGCCAUGGUCCAGCACUGCAAUAUGUGCGAUGUUCGAAUGCUCGUGGUGCUGGGUUGUGUCAAGUGCGUGGCGGUUGCGCAUAUGUGCCGUAUGUAGGAUACGGGGGUGCAAUGCCAAAGAAGAACAAGAAUGAGUUCGGCGUGUGUCGGUGUGUGGACACAAGGAAGUACACGCACCUGUCUCCGUUUGGAGUCGGCAACUGGUCUCUUACUUGUGAGGUCAUGUGUAUGUAUCCCCAAUACGUUUAAACACCGUAAUGCGAUUCUGUGCCCCUUGGCCUGAUCCGUAAGCCGCAAUUGUAAUCCGCAUCCAUG